CACCACUGCGCUACAAGAAACCAAACCAAACCCUCUACCCCUACCCAGCAGUUCCCUCAGCUCACCCUCGGACACAGAGAGAGAGAGAGAGAGACGCAUCUCCUCUGAUCCUCUGCACUCCGCCGCAGCGUCCAGUUUUCUUAGGCGGCCACCCCGCUGUCCAUGCGUCCGUCACCUGUGGGCUGUGGCUGAGGUUGAGGCUCCCCAGAUCCACCCGCCACUGAUUCCUCUACCUUUUCUUUUUACCAGAUCCUCAAUCCACCCACCUGAAAGAUCCUCCAUCUCCAUCUCCAUCUCCCCUUUAAAACCAACUCUCCUACAUUAGAUCCUAUCACUCCCUCACCCCGAUACACCUGUUGCCGAAUUUGUUGCUUCGCAUACGCCCUUCCUUGUCUAGGCCUAGGUAUGUAUUAAGCCGUGUUUGCCCAUUCGCUUUCUUCCCACCGACUAUAUACAUGCCCAGGACAGGAACGCAGGCUCACUAGUUGCUAUAUAUAAUUUAGUUAGGUGCCAAGCACCAAUGCCUAGAUGAUUGGUCCACAUAGAUCCUAAGCAACACCUUGAGAAUACAUGGUAUUUCUGUUGUGUCCUCAAAUCAAUAAGAUGGGGCUACUCUGCAGCAGACAGCGCCACAAUCAAGCUGAUUCUGAAGGGAAUGAGCAGACUGCUGAAAUAGAAAGACAGAUCGAGCAAGAAACAAAGGCAGAGAAGCAUAUUCAGAAACUUCUAUUACUUGGUGCUGGGGAUUCUGGGAAGUCCACUAUUUUCAAGCAGAUAAAACUUUUAUUUCAGAGUGGAUUUGAUGAGACUGAGCUAAGAGGAUAUAUCCCAGUCAUCCAUGCCAAUAUUUAUCAGACAAUAAAAAUAUUAUAUGAUGGAUCCAAGGAACUAUCUCAAAACUUAGAAGACUCCUCAAAGUUCACCAUAUCUGAUGAAAACAAGUUGAUAGGAGAGAAAUUUUCAGAAAUUGGUGGUAGGUUGGAUUAUCCAUGUCUGACCAAAGGGCUUGCACAUGAGAUUGAAACACUUUGGAAAGAUGAUGCCAUACAAGAAACGUAUUCCCAUAGCAAUGAACUUCAGGUUCCGGAUUGCGCCCAUUAUUUUAUGGAAAAUUUGCAGAGAUUGUCAAAUGCAGACUAUGUUCCUACAAAGGAAGAUGUUCUUUAUGCCCGAGUUCGAACAACUGGUGUUGUAGAAAUCCAAUUCAGCCCAGUUGGAGAGAACAAAAAAAGUGGAGAAGUGUAUCGGCUCUAUGAUGUUGGAGGCCAGAAAAAUGAGAGAAGAAAAUGGAUUCAUCUAUUUGAUGGUGUUACGGCUGUGAUUUUCUGUGCUUCUAUAAGCGAGUACGAUCAAACUCUUUUUGAAGAUGAUAACAAGAACAGAAUGAUGGAGACAAAGGAGCUAUUUGAGUGGGUCCUUAAACAGCCUUGCUUUGAGAAAACCUCGUUCAUGCUGUUUUUGAACAAAUUUGAUUUAUUUGAAAAGAAGGUUUUAAAAGUUCCCCUGAAUGUAUGCGGGUGGUUCAAGGACUACCAACCGGUUUCAACAGGGAAACAAGAAAUUGAGCAUGCGUAUGAGUUUGUGAAGAAGAAGUUUGAGGAAGUGUACUUUCAGAGCACCUCGCCUGAUCGGGUGGACCGGGUCUUUAAGAUCUACAGAACCACAGCCUUGGAUCAAAAGCUUGUGAAGAAGACCUUCAAGCUGGUGGAUGAGACAUUGAGACGGCGGAAUCUAUUUGAAGCGGGACUUUUGUGACACCAGCCAGCGGAGAGGCUAGGCAAGGAAUGGCUGCAGUAGCUUCCUUAAGAAGAAGAAGAAGAAGAAGAAGAGUAAUGAGAUGCAUGCAAUUUUGUUAUUUGAUCCUCUCCCACCUCCCACAGGCUGAUGGAUGACACAUUUGAAUAGAGUUGUUGUGUUAAUGGUCGUUGGUCGGUCCUUAUACUCAUUCAUACAAUAUUGGGUUGAGCAAACAUUUUCCACAGGAAGACACGCCACGCCAUGCCAUGCCAUGCCCUGAUUGGUGUUAUUAUUAUUAUUAUUUUUAAACUCUGGAUAUACAUAUAAACAUACAUAGAUAUAGAUUCACGUCCUGGUUUGUAAAUGAAAGGGGUGUGGGUGUAAAUCACAUUUUAUUUGGCAUGAGUCCAGUCCAAUCCAAUCCAGUCUAUCUCUAUACUUGAGCUUUUGAA